CUGGCAGGUGAGGCCGGGCAGCGGCUGCUGGGGCGCGGCGGGGCCCUCCCUUGCCCCGGGCUGCCCUGGGUGGGGGCCUCGUCUCGGGGGCCCUGUGGGCCGGGAUAGGGGGCGACCUCCCUCCCUCCCUCCCGUCCGGGCGGGGUGGGCACUCCUCUCGGGAGCCCUCGGGGCGUGGGUCACCGCCUGCCCUGCCCUGCCUGGAAGCGAGGUGCUCCCCUGGGGGCCGGCUCAGCGAGCUCCCCCCUUCCCCGGUGCCCUAUGGCGGGCGCUGGCUUGGCAUAGGCUGGGCUCGGUCCCUACAGCUUCCCCCCCUAUAUCUGGGAGGGGGGCCCCAUGGGGGGAAUAGACCCCGCCUCAAGGGGGUAGGGGAGGGAGACCCCCUGGAUCUUGAGGGGAAAUAGACCCUACAUGUGGGGUGGGUGGGUGGGUGUGAAACCCUGAAUUUUUCGGGGGGGGGGGGGACAUAGACCCUAUGCCUGGGAGGGUGGGUACGAGGGAGGACGAGACCUUGUAUUCUGGUUGGGGGGAAUAGAUGCUGUGUCUCCGCAGGAGUGCGCAAGAGAGGCGCUGAUGUAUGGGCGGGGGGGAAGUGGACUCGGUAUUUGGGAAGGGGGUGUGAGGGAGAGACCCUGUAUCUGGGUUUCUUGUUUCAUCGUUUUUCCUCACCCAAUGCUCUAGAGCAGGAAGUCUGGUGGCUCCUUGCUUGGCUCACCGCUGACCUGGGAGAAGCUGCAAGGAAAAGAAUCUUUCUAUCCUUGGCUUGGGAUGGGUGGGAGUUUGGCUUGUAGCUACAAAUGCCUUGUGCUUGGGCUAACAAAUGUUGCGCUAACCAGUACCUGGCUGGGUCAGCACUUGGUGGGAGACUCCCAAGGAGAAAACAAGUACUGCAGGAACUGGUGUGGGUGGCUUUUCUCCUAUGUCCGUGUACAACCCAUUGCUCCGCUGUGAUACUGAGUAUGGUCUUAUGCAAUAUGGAAAGAGAAGACUAAGGUUCCAUCAUGAUCGGAGGCUUGUUCAUUUAUAAUCACAAAGGAGAGGUUCUAAUCUCUCGAGUCUACCGUGAUGACAUCGGGCGGAAUGCAGUGGACGCCUUCCGUGUCAAUGUCAUCCAUGCACGGCAGCAGGUGCGUUCGCCUGUCACCAACAUUGCCCGCACCAGUUUCUUCCAUGUCAAGCGUUCCAACAUCUGGCUGGCUGCAGUCACCAAGCAGAAUGUCAAUGCUGCCAUGGUCUUUGAAUUCCUCUACAAGAUGUGCGACGUGAUGACUGCCUACUUCGGGAAGAUCAGCGAGGAGAACAUCAAGAACAACUUUGUGCUGAUCUAUGAGCUGCUGGAUGAAAUCCUGGACUUUGGCUAUCCUCAGAACUCUGAGACAGGGGCUUUGAAAACCUUCAUCACGCAACAAGGCAUCAAGAGCCAGACUAAAGAAGAACAAUCGCAGAUUACCAGUCAGGUGACUGGUCAGAUUGGCUGGAGACGUGAAGGGAUCAAGUACCGUAGGAAUGAGCUUUUCCUGGAUGUGCUGGAGAGUGUGAAUCUGUUAAUGUCACCACAGGGUCAGGUUCUCAGUGCCCACGUCUCUGGCCGGGUGGUGAUGAAGAGCUAUCUGAGUGGAAUGCCAGAGUGCAAGUUUGGUAUGAAUGACAAGAUCGUCAUUGAGAAACAGGGCAAAGGGACUGCAGAUGAAACAGGGAAAAGCGGCAAACAGUCAAUCGCCAUUGACGACUGCACUUUCCACCAGUGUGUGCGGCUCAGCAAGUUCGACUCGGAGAGGAGCAUCAGCUUCAUCCCACCUGAUGGAGAGUUUGAGCUAAUGAGAUACCGAACCACCAAGGACAUCAUCCUGCCCUUCCGUGUCAUUCCCCUGGUGCGGGAGGUGGGCCGCACCAAGUUGGAAGUAAAAGUGGUGAUCAAAUCCAAUUUCAAACCCUCCCUGCUGGCCCAGAAGAUAGAGGUCCGAAUCCCAACUCCCCUCAACACCAGUGGAGUGCAAGUCAUCUGUAUGAAAGGGAAGGCAAAGUACAAGGCCAGUGAGAACGCCAUUGUGUGGAAAAUUAAGCGUAUGGCUGGAAUGAAGGAGUCCCAGAUCAGUGCAGAGAUUGAACUGCUGCCCACCAAUGACAAGAAGAAAUGGGCUCGGCCGCCAAUCUCCAUGAACUUUGAGGUCCCAUUCGCACCCUCUGGGCUGAAGGUGCGUUAUCUGAAAGUCUUUGAGCCAAAGCUGAACUACAGUGAUCAUGAUGUGAUCAAAUGGGUGAGGUACAUCGGCAGGAGCGGAAUCUACGAGACCAGGUGCUAGCCCCAAGAGGCUGGCGGGUUCCCUCUCUUCCCCUGCCACCCUCCCAGUCUCCUUGGUCUUCAAGUACACUUAAAGAGAGCAUCUGUCCGGCCCCCUCUGCACAUGGAUUGGAAGUUAGACCCCUGUGGCUCACCUCGGGAAUGGACUCUCCUGUCUAUGAUCUCCAGCUGCCACUCUGGUGGUAACGAAGUUCAGAAUCUGACCAUGCACAGGAGGAGCAUAGCUAGCCUCCUGCUUCCUGUCCCAAGGUGGGGAGGGACUAGUCUAACCACCAUCCUCCUAGGAUCGUUCUAGGGAACAUCCACCAUUAAACUCUUCUGUUGGUGUCUCGCUACUUGCAUCAUAUCCUAGUAUUUUUGAAGUUCUUGUGCAUAUGUACUCAUAGAGUAGGCCUGAAAACCAUAGACUGGACAAAUCUGAGUUGACGCUGACCUGGCUCCUGUACUAGUUAUUGCUGUUGUGGUAGAUGUUGCUGUGCAGUCUGAGGCACCUAGGUGUGGUGAGCGCACCAAGCCUCCCCACCUCCCUUUUUUCCCUUGCAAAGUCUUCAGUAUCGUGUCCUGCCAUGGGAAGGUUUGUGACCAAAAAGGAUGAUGAGGGUUUAAGACGCUCUCGCUGGUGUGUAUGUGGGUGGCACAGCAUUUCACAGCCCAUAUCGGGUCCUUGCCGCACUUAUCCCCACCUGAUGCGGGCUUGAGCCAGAGUCUGCCCUCAGUGUAUUGGAAACUCCUCUUCCAUCCCAGCGGGUGUGGACGCAGGUCAUCCUUACUGUACCCAGGAUGUGAACUACAGGAUCCGUCCUUGGCAAUCUGAAACAUGAUGGCCAGUAAGAGCCCCCUGCCCCAGCCUACCCUCUCCACACUUCUACCAAAUGCUUCUGGGUCUAUAGAAAUGCUGCUGCUACCCACAGUCCUCUGCUUCUAAUAGUGUGGUCUCCAUUUUGUACACGUUGUGACUUGUCCAGUUCUAAACCUAAUAAAGUACAUAGAACAGAG